UAUUUUUACGCGCAUUCACAGGAGUUGUGCCUGCUUAUAUCUGUUGAAACAUAUAAAAUAAACGUGGUUAAAGCAUGGCUUAUUAGUGUUAUGAAGAGCAUUUAUUCAUAAAUCAAAUAUUUUAGCAUAUGAUCUGAACUUUCGUUCCCCAUGCAAACGAACCUGUUCACAAUGCUAGUUGCCGAAUAGCUCAACAAUAUAUUGUAAGAAAAACAAUUAAAUAAAACAGAAAAACAACAUGGCCAAACAACAAUUGCCGCUGCCAGAAAUGAACGAUGAUAAGCAUCGGCACAAACAAUUCAAUGGGCAUUUGGACAGCAAUCGAUUGCGACCGCCUAAAUUCAUACCGAAUCGCAGCCGCUCGCCGGGAUCAUGCAGUGUGAACAACUCCCAAAUAGCGCACGCGAUUUCGUUUCGCAGCGGUGCCGAGUGUCCAGAUGCCGGCAUAUUGCCAGCGUCGUUAAAUGCCGGCGACUCCACCACGUCAAUGUCCUGCAAUGAGAGCCAUUUUGAGCAGUCUUUCGAGCGUUUGGCCAAAUUGGGUGAGGGCUCUUUUGGUGAGGUGUUCCAAGUCCGAGAUCGUUCCGACAGCCGGCUGUAUGCGGUGAAAAUCUCGAAGCAAUUGUUUCGCGGCGAACAGUAUCGGGCAGAGAGAUUGGAGGAGGUGCGUCGCUACGAAGAGUUCUCCGGCCAUGAGAAUUGCAUACGUUUCAUACGCGCCUGGGAGCAGUACGAUCGUCUGUUCAUGCAAAUGGAACUGUGCCGCGAGAGCCUAGAGCAGUAUUUGUACCGUUGUCGAUACAUUCCCGAGGAGCGCAUCUGGCACAUAUUGUUGGAUUUGCUGCGCGGCUUAAAGUCCCUACACGAUCGCAAUCUCAUACAUUUGGACAUUAAGUUGGACAAUGUGCUCAUCGAUGACGACGACACAUGCAAGCUAGCGGACUUUGGGCUGGUCAUCGAUGUGGACAAGGCGAAUAAUCACCAUGCCACCGAGGGCGACUCGCGUUACAUGGCACCCGAAAUACUCCAGGGUCAAUUUUCCAAGGCCGCCGACAUCUUCAGCCUGGGCAUCGCCAUGCUUGAGCUGGCCUGCUACAUGGACUUGCCAUCGAAUGGUCCACUCUGGCACGAGCUGCGCCAUGGCAAGCUGCCUGAAGAGUUUAUAAACACAAUUUCUGUUGAGCUACAACAGGUAAUCAAGUGCAUGAUGUCACCAGAUCCGCGACAACGUCCCACAGCAGAGCAGCUGCUAGCGCAUCCUGUGCUCACGAGAAUGCAAAAGGCAGAUAAAUCCAUGAUAUUAUUAAAGCUGCUGUCGAAGUGCUUUCGUCGCUCGCGCCGCGCUGCUUGGACAAAAAUGUGCAAUCUAAGAACGGCAGCGUACCGUUGCCUCUUCUACAUAUUGGAGAUCUUGCAUUUGUAUAAACCCUUGACGGCAUCAAAGUCGGCAGGGUAUAACGGUGCUGCCAAUGGAGCGCCAUCAUCGCCAUCCGCAAGCGUUGCUGGUAUACCGCGUGUGGAAUUCCAAUUGGCUGGCUCAACGCCCAUUGGGAAUCGCGAUUGUUAUGUCUCCGAUUUUCUAUCGGCGAUGGAUACCUUGGAUCUGUCGCAGCAGUGCACACCAACAGCCUGUGGACGAAAAAAUUUGGUAAACUCGACGCCGCGACAAAGAAGUUCUUUCCGGGCAUUGGACUUGGAUGCCACGUUCUCAACGGAAAAUGUUUCCGCACCCAAAGUAUUGGAUACGUCAUCGUUUCGGCGUAAAAAAUUAUUUAUGUUGGACAGCGAUGAAGAGUAAGGAAAAUAUGAAAA